CCUCAUCCGCCGCGGCAGCAGCGGGUGGGGGGCUCGGUCCGGCGGGCGGCCUGAGGCUGCCCACCCCCGGCCCGCUGCCGGUGGGGUCCCCGCGCCGAGAAGCCUCGUAGGCGACGCUGGGAGCAGCCGUUCCCGGGCAGGUGAGACGCGGACAAGCCCAGCGGGACAGUUUUGAGUUUGGGAAUUUAUCACAUACAAGUGAAACUAGAAUGAGGAACUAUCCAUCAAACCUGGGAGGGAGAGCUAUGAACAAAAAUAGCAGGGAAUGUCAUGCUUUUAAACAGGAGAGAAACCUACUGAAUAGCCAGAACUAGACCCAACAACCAACUAAUGGAGGUUUGCAACAAAAUGGGUUGAGUGAGUGCAGAGCCACCUUAUUCCACUUUGUUCUUGCACUGUCUUCACUCUUGCUUCAGUGAGAGCUACAUAUCUAAAUGGGUUUGUUAAACUGGCAAAGAAGAACAGACAACCUCUGGUGGAAUUCUGUCUUCAUCAUGUUGUCUCACCAGUGCGGGCUGAGCUGAAACUUCCUGCAUCUUGGGGAGAGCAUGUAUAAAAGGAAUGAGCUCAUGGCCAAUGUGAUGGUCACCUCCGCCACUCCAGAGGGCAGUAGCAGCUCAGAUUCUCUGGAAGGGCGGAGUUCAGACUAUGCCAAUAAAAGCUACGAUGCAGUUGUAUUUGAUGUGUUGAAAGUAACUCCUGAGGAGUUUGCAAGCCAGAUUACAUUGAUGGAUAUGCCAGUAUUUAAAGCUAUACAACCUGAGGAACUAGCAAGCUGUGGAUGGAAUAAGAAAGAAAAACAUACCCUCGCUCCAAAUAUUGUUGCCUUUACUAGGAGGUUUAACCAGGUCAGUUUUUGGGUUGUACGAGAAAUAUUAACAGCACAGACCUUAAAAAUAAGGGCAGAAAUACUGAGCCAUUUUGUGAAAAUAGCUAAAAAGCUUCUGGAACUGAAUAACCUUCAUUCUCUUAUGUCUGUGGUGUCAGCCCUGCAAAGUGCACCCAUCUUCAGACUGACCAAAACCUGGGCCCUUUUGAAUCGUAAAGACAAGACCACCUUUGAGAAGUUAGACUAUCUACUCUCUAAGGAAGAUAAUUAUAAAAGGACACGAGAGUACAUCAGAAGCUUAAAAAUGGUUCCUACUAUUCCAUAUUUAGGAAUUUAUCUCCUGGAUUUAAUCUACAUUGAUUCUGCAUAUCCUGCUUCAGGCAGCAUUAUGGAGAAUGAACAAAGAUCCAAUCAAAUGAACAAUAUUCUCCGAAUAAUAGCUGAUCUGCAAGUCUCCUGUAACUAUGAUCAUCUUACAACACUGCCCCAUGUGCAAAAGUAUUUGAAGUCUGUUCGUUACAUUGAAGAACUUCAGAAGUUCGUAGAAGAUGAUAAUUAUAAAUUGUCAUUAAGAAUUGAGCCAGGUAACAGCUCUCCUCGACUCGUUUCUUCCAAAGAAGAUCUUGCAGGUCCAUCUGAUGUGUUGGCAAUUAUGAAAUUCGGCAGGAGACCCACAUGUCCUGAUGCUUCAGUGUCAGCAAGUCUACCUACACCUCCUGUACCAAGGCACAGGAAGAGCCACAGCCUGGGAAACAACAUGAUGUGUCAGUUCAGUGUAGUGGAGAGCAAAAGCGCCACCUUCCCGACGGAGAAGCCGCGGCACCUCCUGGAUGACAGCGUCCUGGAGUCCCACAGCCCAGCCCGCGGCCACGCACCCAACUCGCAUUUCACCAACGGCCUGUCCAUAGAUAGCAGUGAAAGCUCAGAAUUCAGCGAGGAGCUGCCGUCAGGGCUCGAAAGGGGUCGUUUAUAUGCCACGCUGGGGCCUAACUGGAGGGUACCGAUGCGGAAUUCUCCUAGGAGUCGAAGCUGUGUCUACAGCCCAACAGGGGCCUGCAGCUGCACAUUAGGUAGUUCCCUAGGAGUCAUUACCAUGGAAGGGCCAUUAAGAAGAAAAACAUUGCUCAAAGAAGGCAAGAAACCUACUCUCUCCUCAUGGACGAGAUACUGGGUUAUGCUUUCAGGAACAACUCUUCUGUACUUUGGAGCAAAAUCUUUAAGAGGCACUGAAAGAAAACAUUAUAAGUCUACACCUGGUAAAAAAGUCUCCAUAGUGGGCUGGAUGGUGACACUUCCCGACGACCCUGAGCAUCCUGAUAUUUUCCAGCUAAAUAAUCCUGACAGAGGCAAUGUUUACAAGUUCCAGACUGGUUCAAGGUUUCAUGCAAUAUUAUGGCAUAAGCAUUUGGAUGAUGCAUGUAAAAGCCACAAGCCUCAGGUACCUCUUAAUCUAAUGUCAUUUGAAUAAUUUGCUCUCCUACCUGGUGCGACUUCAAGUGCCAAACUGAAGAAACAGGCUGUUGUUCUCUAAGGAGGAAGAGGAGAAUGGUUUUCCUGACAUGAGCCAGCCACAAAUAUUACAGCACUUUCCUAUGUAACUUGAAAGUGAUUCUGAGACAGCUUUUAAAAGCAGAAAGUGAAUGUUGUCCUUAGGACCUGAUACAGUCUCAUGCACUGAGUGAAAGCUGACAAGUUAGAUGGACAGAAGAUUAAUCCUGACUCCUGCAGGAUGCUAGAGCCCUCAACAUCUUGUGGUCAGAGACUGCCAUGAACUGAUGUCUGACCACAAACUGAACAUAUGUCUUCUGCCUAUUCUUUUUUAAACAGUUCUUUUUAUUGUUAAGCUGCUUUGUGUGACUGAAAAAUAUUUGGCCCAUGUUGGGUUUCAAUUCUUUCUAAUGCACAGAAUGAUUGACAGUGUUAACUUGCUGUAAAGUGUCAAUUAGAAUAGAAAAUGGUGGAACAACGUUUUUAUAAUCUAAGUGCACUGAGCUGCUUGGCAAUGUGGCUGCCUCAGAUUUUGUAUCAAAUCUCUGGACAAUUCUGCUGUUCACAUUUGAGCUAUUUGGGAAAACAUGUAUUUUGGCACAGGACAGUUGGUUUUCUUUCCAUUCAGUUAUGUUACUCAGGAAUGCCCUGACAGUGGAUUUAAGGCAGUUUAAAUUUGUUAUGCUGCAGGUGGUUUUUCAUUCUCUUCCUAGUGGCAUAGCUGCUUACAAGUUUGGGGUUUUUUCUUCAGUCUGAAUGUUGUUCAUCUUAAGCCCCUUGGUACAGGGAAGCAGGUAAUGAGAUGUUAUGUAUCACAUGGCCAUGGCUUCUCAGAAUGAUUCCAUAUCAUCGUUUCUGUUCUGUCUUUCUGUGGAUGACUCGGCUCCACUCAAUUCCAGUACAUGAUGCACCUUUAUGACAUAUAGUACUGGCACAUGGUACUGCUAUUACAAAAUCAGGAUGGCAAUAAAAGGUAGGGAAAACUAACAGAAGCCCCCAAACCAGUGUCCAGAGAACAAAACAGAACAAAAUACACCAAAAAAAACCACAAACCCAUCAAAAAAGAAUGUACCUGAGCCGCCUUCUCUGAAAGAAGUGUCUGCAUCUGUAGCUGUAUCUCUGCUGUGCCCUGGCACUCCUAUGGUCAGAGUUUUUCUCUGUUCCCAUGCUAAGUUGAGCACUUUUUCAGUUUGAAACUCUUGGGCCAUAAAGCAUCAGUAUCCAGACUUCAUCACUCACCAGAAAACCUCUUUUGAGUUUCCUGAGGUUGCACAGAGGAGAAAUUUGCAAGCCAACCUCUAGCUUACAAACCAUAAAAAUAUGGAAGUCAGUUUAAUUGAGCAGAGCCUCUGUUAGAACAAGCUCCCUGGCACUGGGGGUAUUUAUUCCAUGGACUGGAAUGAUUUUCUAAAUUUUGGUUUUGGAACUUCUCUAACAACAACAAAACAAACUGUAUUUUUAAAUGUAGGGCAGCUUUAACUUUUGUGGUAUUUUAAGUGUCCAUGUUGCAAUCCUGAGAAUGAAGCCUAAUACAUACCAGCUUUUCAAGAAAACGAGUUCCUGACAACUGCAUUUCGAUCCUGGGACAUGUCGAAGUAUAUGUAAAGCUGACAGAGUUUCUUUGAUAGCUCAGGAUUUGUGUGAAGAGUGGUAAUGCAAAAUAUAUUCAUACUUUUUUCUCCUUUUUUUGCUAGAUUAAGACAACUUUGAACUAGGAAAAAACAUCGAUAUCUGCAGGCACAGAGGGUCUAUUGCCAUUAGAGACAGUGUAGAAGCUUUUGAAUGUGGUAAAAUCCUGUCACCAGUAAAUUACUUCAUACUUUUAGACUGUGAUACAAUAUUAUUCUGCACCUGUGGACUUUUGUGAUUAGUUACCAGUGAGGUUAUUCAUGAGGAUGCAAAUAAUAAGUGAACUGUCAUUUUAGUGAAUGUGCCUCCUAUGACCAUGUGUAUUGUGUGUUACUAGCAUUAGGGCUUGAACCAUGUGCAGAACAGUGACCAAAAUGAUGACACACUGCCUAAAACACAACUGGUUAAGGUAAGAGGGUUUUCUUUAAAGUUACUUUAUUAGUAGCCCUUUCCUCUUAAAGGAUAGCCACCCGAUCUGUCUUAGAUAUAAGCUAAAUUUGAAGGAAGCAUGUAAAUACUCAUUUCUAAUGUGAUGUAGUGGAAGUGAACACCAAUGAGGACUUGACACGUUUUCUGGCAUCUUGCAAAUGAGAUAAACUAAUGGAUGCUGUAACAACUUUCAGUUAUGUUUAACAAGUCUUUCUUGGAAAGAAGAAUAGCUGCUGACUGAUUCAGUAGCAAUAAAUGAGCCUGUAAACACUCAGAAUUUAAUUGCUUCUAGAAUUUAAGGGUCUCUAAAGUGUUACAUGUUAUUCUGUGUACAAGAGGUAGAGUGUGCUAGCAUUCAAAACCACACUUUUACUCAAAAUCACAAGCCGUACAUAGAGCCUGUUGGAGAAGUUACAAAAAGGUCCAUUUGCAAUUGGUUGUAAAACAAAUUCCCAGCUAGAAAGGAGGCAUCUUUGCCAGAAGCCACCAUGGGCCCCAGAAGUGUGUGGCAUGAAUGAAAGGCAGUAUUUAUGAAUGAUUCUUAUACCCAGUCAUCUGUCACUGACAGAAGCUGGACCUGUGGAGAAAUUAAAAUCUUCAAUCCUGCUCAAGCCUCAAACUCAAAUCCUACUCAAAACCUUGGAAUUUGGAGAUAUGUCCAAAAA